AAACCUCACCUUUGCUAUAAAAAUUCCACCUUUAUCAAUUAACCCCCCGCGAUAUGGGUUUUGCUCCCCCUCCGCCAUGUCUCUACUCACCCUAGACCAAUUUCUCUCGCAAUCCCCCCUCGCUUCCUUUCCUCCCAGAGGCUACCUCGUCGCGGACGACGCGGCGGAGCCGACUAGGCAGAGCAUGUACUUGGCCGACAAGCCCCGCGGCGUCUAUUUCUGCAACAACGCGGGAUUGACGCCGCCAGAGCCGCAGCAGGAGCAGAUGGUUCUGGCGGAGAGCAGCGGCGACGACCACGAGGUCAAGGCGCCCAAGAAGCGGGCGGAGACAUGGGCGCAGGAGGAGACGAGGUGCCUCAUCACGUUCCGGCGAGAGAUUGAUGGGCUGUUCAACACUUCCAAGUCGAACAAGCAUCUGUGGGAGCAAAUCUCGGCGAAGAUGCGGGAGAAAGGGUACGACCGCUCGCCUACCAUGUGUACGGAUAAGUGGAGGAACUUGCUCAAGGAGUUCAAGAAGGCGAAGCACCAGUCCAAAGGGAGAGGGUUGGCCAAGAUGUCGUCCUAUAAGGAGCUCGAUGAGUUGCUCAAGGAAAGGAGCAAGAAAGCCGGAUGCAAAGGUUCUUCUGCGUCUAAGGUCAAUGCCUACCUGCAGUUUUCUGAUAAAGGUCUUGAAGAUGCAAAUGCUCCAUUUGGGCCUGCAGAAGGAAGUGAUAGGUCACCACUUAACCUGGAUAGAUCUAUAGAGCAUGAUAGACAUCCACUUGCCAUAAUGGCUGCAGAUGCAGUUGCAGCUAGUGGUGUACCGCCCUGGAACUGGAGAGAUACUUCUGUGAAUGACAAUAAUACAUCCUACCGUGGAAGGGUUAUUUUAGUCAAAUGGGGUGAUUAUUUGAGAAGGAUCGGUAUUGAUGGCACUGGAGAGGCAAUCAAGGAGGCCAUCAAAUCUGCAUUUGGUUUAAGAACCAGAAGGGCAUUUUGGCUAGAAGAUGAAGAUAAUGUGGUUCGUUGCCUUGAUAGAGACAUGCCUAUAGGUUCUUAUACUCUCCAUCUUGAUGAAGGGAUCACUAUAAAACUUUGCAUUUAUGAUGAAAAUGACCGCAUGCCGAUACACACUGAAGAAAAGACACUCUACACAGAGGAUGAAUUCCAUCUUUUCCUCGUCCAUCGAGGUUGGGCUGGCCUCAGAGAGAUGACCGGCCUUAAAAAUGUUGAUACACUGGAUGAUCUUUGCCCUGGAGGUUUGUACCAAGGGGUGAUUAACAAACCCUAACUUGGACUGGCAGAUGCACUAGAAAACUAUAGUAGCCACUGGAGUCAGAUUCUCAUUGAGAUUUCCCUAACGGAAGAUCUCAAGGUUCUUGAAAUUCCUAUCAUAGCAGUUCAGUGCACCCUAAGAUGUGAAGAUAGCUUCGAAACCUGUAAAUAAUGUGCACAAAUCUUGGGGCAAAUUUUUCAAAGAUUAUGUCAAUCUUAUCUAUCUAUUGUUUAGUAAUAUCAACACAUUUAUCAUC